UAUAAGCAAGCCAUCAGGAUAUUUCCCUUCUGAUCUGGGGACCACGUGUUCUAUCACAUGGAUAGAAUUAACAGUUGGAGUAAUGGAAAUAAUCCUCCAACAUGGAGCAGCUCAAACAGGUUGUAGGUAUGAUUAGCUAUGAAAUUCGGCAUAACUCAAACGACCAUCCUCAUAGAGUUGCAAAAUACCAGGAAAACAGAAAUCGAAAUAGAUACAGAGAUGUCAGCCCAUUCGAUAAUGUACCAAUAAAUAUAACGUGCCUUCAGCACACGCGCACCUACAGCAUGGAUAUGGCCAGGAAUACAGCCAGGCUACAUGGAGAGCAGUGCCCUGCAGAUGAUCAUAGUCGUGUAAAACUGCAGAACACGGAGAAUGACUAUAUAAAUGCCAGCUUAGUAGUAAUAGAAGAAGCCCAAAGAAACUAUAUUUUAACCCAGGGUCCACUUCCUAAUACUUGUUGUCAUUUUUGGCUAAUGGUAUGGCAACAAAAGACCAAAGCAGUUGUUAUGCUAAACAGAAUUGUUGAAAAAGACUCGGUAAAAUGUGCACAGUACUGGCCAACAAAAGAAGAGGAAGUCAUGAUGUUCAAGGAAACAGGAUUUCGUGUGAGACUAGUAUCUGAAGAUAUCAAAUCCUAUUACACAGUACAUCUACUUCAAUUAGAAAAUAUCAAUAGUGGUGAGUCCAGGAUGAUAACUCACUUUCAUUAUACUACGUGGCCAGACUUUGGAGUCCCUGAGUCCCCAGCUUCAUUCCUCAACUUCUUGUUUAAAGUUAGAGAAUCUGGGUCGUUGAAUCCUGAACAUGGACCUGCCGUAAUUCACUGUAGUGCAGGUAUUGGACGUUCUGGCACAUUUUCAUUGGUAGACACCUGUCUUGUCCUGAUGGAAAAAAAGGAUCCCUUUUCUGUAGACAUAAAGAAAGUAUUAUUAGACAUGAGGAAAUAUCGAAUGGGGCUUAUUCAGACACCUGACCAAUUAAGGUUUUCAUAUAUGGCUGUAAUAGAAGGAACAAAAUUUAUAAUGGGAGAUUCAACUAUACAGAAACGAUGGAAAGAACUUUCUAAAGAGGACCAAGCACCAAGUUCUGAGCACUCUCCUCCGCACCCAACCAAAAUAAUUACAGAAAAGUACAAUGGAAAUAGUGUGGGCUUAGAAAAACAGGAGCAAAUGGGGGAAAAAAUAAAUACAGACCUGUCCACCAAAGUGCAAGAUGCUGUGGAUGGAAACACAGAAAGUACUGUUCGGAAACGCCUUCGAGAGGAUAGAAAGGCUAACACGGCACAGAAGCUGCAGCAGAUGAAACAGAAGUUAAGUGAAACUGAACGAAAAAGGAAAAGGUGGUUAUAUUGGAAACCUAUUCUCAUUAAGGUUAUGUUUGGUACAUUGAUUUUAUUUGGAGCUGUUUCUUGCUGGAAAAUGUAUUUUCAAGAGCAUUCCUUGUAAGUAAACAAGUGAGCUUGUCUGCAUUAGCAGUUAAUUAUGCUGCAAGUUAGUUGUUAGGGGUUUGCCAUUCAUCAGCAAACUUCUUACACCUAAAUUGGUGCAGAAGUUUAAAUGUUAACUAGAUAAGUGAUGUAAACUGAUCACAAGUCAACAUCUCAGGACUUCUCACUGCAGGUACUUCUGAAACCAAACAGCAAAUUGCUAUCUGAAUAAAGUGGUUCAUUUUUGUUAAACAGGUACAAGUUUCCUGCAAAUGUAUUUAUACACUUUUUAAAAUAGUUUUCCACCAAAUCUACAAGACAGACCCUGAGCCACAAAGUUUUAACUACUGAGGCUGUCUUAAUUUACACCUGACAUAAGCAAUAAACAGUGUUGUAUCAUUUACAUUAUUAAUGCAAAGAGGCUAUCCUUACAUGUGUGUAAUGUGUAAUGUACUAUGAACAUGGGCAUAAACAUUUUAUAUUCUUAUGACCUAGGAUAAAGAUAUUUUAUAACUGCGUAUUUAAUCUUACUUUUGUAGUUAACUGUACUUUUAAAGCUCAGUUUGUACAAACUCUUUGACCAAGAAAGAAUCUGAUUUUGAAACGAAUGUAAAGCAUAAUGUGUGCAUUACAGUAGUUAACAGUGCAUCCAUUCCCCGUAUUUCAAGACUUUUGAUAUGAGCAGCUAGGGGUCUGAUGAACCACUUACUUGUUCUGUAAGUUGCAUUCCUUAUUUAUUUUUUCUAUUUUUUGCAAUUUAUUUAAAUAGUUUACUUCUGAGGGGUUUUUUGGUUUAAAGAUUGUGGGAAACUUAACUCCCCCUUACCUAAAGGCAAACUGUUAAACUGGUGAAUGGAAGUUGUAUUCAGACUUCAGCUACUGUUUGAAGCCCUAGCUUUGUUAAAGUUGACAUUCCAUUAAAUGUGAAACAUGAUAUUUUGCGUGUGUGAGUUGCAUUCCUCGUAGUAAUUAAGAUCUAAUGGAAACAUAUGGCAACUUAAAACCGAUUCAUUCUUAAAUGAAAAUACUGGGUACCAAGUAUAGAUGCUAUUAGUUGUUGCUGAAUUUAGAUCCUAGUAAUUGAGCCCAAUCUUAAUUGAGUUUGCCAGACCUUUAUAAGGUACUCUUUAAGUUGCCUAACAUCAUAAUCAGCCUGACGGUUAACUGCUUUGUCAAGAAUAGCAAAUGAAGGGAGUACUGGCACCUAGAUCACUUUAUAACCAUGAAGUAUAAACUUUGCACUGUUUUGUGUGGAAAUUUGUAUCCAGUAGUUAUUUUCCCAGCUCCAUAUGCAAUUACCUGUUUUCAUCUGAGGAUGGAAGCAGUCUAGUCUAGUGGCUAGAGCACUGUGUUGCAGCUGAGGGCAUUGGUUUCCAGUCCUAGGUCUGCCACUGCUGAGUGACUAUGGGCAAGUCAGUAUCUCUGGGCUUUUAUGUCCACAUCUCUUAAAUGAUAACAAUGACACUUACCUCCUUUGUAAAGUAUUUUUGAGCUUUACUGAUGAAAAGUGCAAUAUAUGUUAAGCAUAUAGGUUAGUCUCAUCCAAAGAAGUGAGUAACUUGAGGCUUCCAUUGUCUGCAAGCUCUGAAACAAGGGACCCAGACUUGAGUAUGACCUACUGUUGCACAGACACAAAGAUAUUUUCUCAUUGAAUUGCAGUGGGUACACAGGGAACUCCAGAUGGUGCUGAUAGAAGCUCAUUGUGCAAUUCCCCUGCUCUUUAUAAAAGAAUUAUAAGUAGGGACCUACUCAAAUCGCAAUUGCAUGGAUUUCACAGAAAUCACGAAACCAGUUGAUCUCCAUGAAAUCCACAGGGGAAAAAACACAAAACAACAUUUUACUAAAAAAAAAAUGCUGGUUCACUAGUGGGAGCCAGUAGUCCUUCCUGCCAUGCAGCCUGGCAUGAAGGGGGGCUGCCAGCAUACAGGUGAGCAGGCAAGAUGGCUCACACCCCUUGCUGCUCUGCCUCUUUUCAUUGGUCAGUGGCAAUGGGUGGGGCCAUUUGAUGGGCAGCCCUCUCCACCAAUCAGCAGUGGAGGGCAGGACCACCCCCCCCCCCCAAAAAGCAAUCAGAGGCAUGGUGGGACCCCACUGCAGUAAACCUGUGAAAAUGGCAGCAGACCCUGCAAUCUGUCCAUAAAGUUGGCUGAUGCUGCUUGGAGUUGGGUAGACCCCUAAUUAAAAGUCAAGUAUAGUGUCUUAAAGAUCCAUGGUUUUGAGCACUGUGCAUUUUGCCACUAAAGCAGAAUAGUAAUUGGUACUGUGACACUGGUCAAUUGUGGAGCUGUGGUAUGGUCAAGAUGAAAUAUCUGUUAUGGUAUAUACUAGUCAAUAGACAGCCUUUUAAGGGUAAAAUCAUAAAUUUCAAUAUAUAAAACUUAAAUCUCAAGCCAUGAAAGAGAAAAAAAAUGGUCUUUUUAUCAGAACAGUUGGAGAUAUUUUCUCUGGCAUCUUUAAAUUAGUAAUGGUGGAUGCCCAGGAGGGUAAUGGGAGAUGGAUCACUCUGACUAGCUCAGUGCUCUCCCUCUGGCAUCCAUUUCUGCCAUUAUUGGAGAUGGCAUACCAGGCUAAGUAGACCAUUGGUCUGACCCAGUAUGGCACUUGUGUUCAUUAGGAUGACUCUGAUGUAAUGAAUUCCUAAUUUUUAACUUGUGUCUAUAUUAAAAGUGAAGUGUAUUAGUCUUUCUAGCAUAGCUUGCCCCAGAUUUGACAAAAGUCCUUUCCAUUAACUAUAAAGUAUCUGACAAGGAUUGUUUUCUGUUUGUUGGAAAACAUGCAGGGUAACGAAAUAUUAUUGUAAAAUAGAAUAAAAAACUAGGUCUUAUUGUUUCAAAAUGUUUAAAGGAAAUCAGUUGAGAGAAAAAUUCCCCUUUACUGAAACUGUCAUGAUUUAUUUCUUGACUCCUCAGUUUUUCAGGGAGAUUUUUCUAGGCCUUCUCUGCUUCCCUCUGACACCUACCUCCAACUGCAGCUCUUCAGGUCUGCAGUUAAAUUAUCUCCCUGCCUCCAUCUUAAAUUCUGGCUCCUUUGCAUCAAUUUGGAGCAGGCUGUUGUGAAUAGUUGUAACUUCUCACAUUCUAGUUACUGUUCUUGACUCCAUAAAUGAACAUUAGCAAGUUAGUUUGAUUCCUGGGUAAGCUUUUGCUUCUUGGUUGGUUUGGCUGCAUCAUUAACAGCCAGACCAGGAAGACAUUCAUAAUAAUUAAUAGAGCACAAACCACCAAUAGCAUUAAUUUACAUUUUAAUGUGAUUGAGGAAGAAAUUUAAGGAAUUCCAUGAAAGAAUUCUGGGUGACAUCCUAGCUGCAUUAAAACGAAUUGCCAAAUGCUCACUCCAGUCAGACUAGACUUUCUUUUUCUUAAGGUUUUAGAAAAUUACAACAGUCUAAGCCACGUGAUAUAUUGUUGUUGUUUCCAUGGUGCUUGACAGUCAUAAGAGCACUUACUUUUAACAUAACAGUUUCCAUUUAUUAGACUGUGAAAUGCCAACUGGCAUGCUAGGUUCUGAAAUUAUCUUGAG